AUGAAUGAGCCACUAGACGAGUUAGCGAAUGCUUCUGAUUUCCCCGAUUAUGCAGCUGCUUUUGGAAACUGCUCUGAUGAAAAAAUCGCACUCAAGAUGCAGUACCUCCCUGUUGUUUACAGCAUCGUCUUCCUCGUGGGCUUUCCAGGGAACGCGGUGGCGAUUUCCACAUACAUCUUCAAGAUGCGGCCCUGGAAAAGCAGCACCAUCCUCAUGCUGAACUUGGCCUGCACAGACCUCCUGUACCUAACCAGCCUCCCUUUCCUGAUCCACUACUAUGCCAGCGGUGAGAACUGGAUCUUUGGAGAUUUCAUGUGCAAGUUCAUUCGCUUCGGCUUCCACUUCCACCUGUACAGCAGCAUCCUCUUCCUCACCUGUUUCAGCAUCUUCCGCUAUGUGGUGAUCAUUCACCCCAUGAGCUGCUUCUCCAUUCACAACACUCGAUGGGCAGUGGUUGCCUGUGCUGUGGUGUGGAUCAUUUCCCUGGUAGCUGUCAUGCCCAUGACCUUCCUGAUCACAUCCACCACCAGGACCAAUAGAUCCGCCUGUCUUGACCUCACCAGUUCAGACGACCUGACCACCAUCAAGUGGUAUAAUCUGAUUUUGACUGCAACCACUUUCUGUCUCCCCUUGGUGAUAGUGACGCUUUGCUAUGCAACCAUUAUCUACACCCUGACCCAAGGGCCGCAGACUCGGAGUUCCCUUAAGCAGAAGGCCCGAAGGCUAACCAUUCUGUUACUUCUCGUGUUUUAUAUAUGUUUUUUACCCUUCCACAUCUUGAGAGUUGUUAGGAUCGAAUCCCGCCUGCUUUCCAUCAGCUGCUCCAUGGAGAAUCACAUCCAUGGAGCCUACAUUGUUUCUAGACCCCUGGCCGCCCUGAACACCUUUGGCAACCUAUUACUCUAUGUGGUGGUCAGUGACAACUUUCAGCAGGCCAUCUGCUCAAUAGUGAGAUGCAAAGCAAGUGAGGAACUUGAGCAAGCGAGGAAAGUCAGUUCCUCAAACAACCCUUGA